UUUUUUAUUUCAGCCUUAGCAUUGAUUCAGAUGCUAUAUAAAACUCUGGGGACUGCAGAUGUGGGAAUAUCUCAUGCUUCUGAAUCCCCACCCCCCAGUAGUGUUUCCGGACAGCAGCUCUCAUCAUGUCUGACCAUUGGCUAUGUUGUCUGGGGCUGAUGGAAGUUGGAGGUCAACAAUAUCUAGAGAGACGCUUGAGACCUAGGGGAUUCAAAGAUUGCUGCUCCCGUAUGAACCCACCUGGAAUGCAGGGAUUGGGCUGAGAGUCGUCGUCCCCCCUUAUCCGUGCCUUGAGCGUUAUAAUUUUAUUGGAAAUUCAAACACGAAAGUGAUUUUUGCAUCCAUAAUCCAAUUCAUAACCAAUUCAUAUAGGUGAUAUCCUAUAUGAUAUCCAAUUCAUAUAGGUGAUAUCCAGCAUUAAUCAUGCUCAGAGUAGAUCCAUCAAAAUCAGUAGACAUGUAACUUAAGUUCAUUGAUUUCAGUGGGUCUCCUUUUGAGGAUGAUUAAUGUUGGAAUGUAAUGUGUGGUGACAUUUAGGGCACAAUCCUGUGGUCACUAAGAAGGCAUCCCGGGAGCCAUGGGAUUUUGCAGUGUUCCUUCCCCUGUUCCCCCAAGAUUGCCCCCAGGUGGGGCUGGGGAGAGAUGAAAGCCCUACAGCUGGAAUACCUCUUUCUCCUCAGGCUACCUCCUUUACUACCACAAAUUCUCCCUCCCCUACUCAUACUAGAUUGCUCCGCCCAUUGAUAGUAGCCAAAGGAUAUUCCAAGUUGUGCUCUUUAAAAGAAAAUGAAGGUGACACCUUCUGGUUUCAAGACCUGUUGUUACGAUCCAUAUUCUGAAGGCAUUUACAAGUCAAAGAAAGAUUUUGCUGGGGCCAUGCACAAAGAACAAAACUAAGAUAACUUGGCUAACUUCAUUGGUACUUGCUACUCCGCAAGUGAGCAGAUAGCUAGAGAGAUGGAGGAUGUUGGCUUUUUGCACAUUUUAUAUUCUCAAGGAGAGUCCAUAUUCAAAGUUCAAUACUUUAUAAAUUGGGAAAUUAUUAUUAGUCAUGAUGGUAGCACUAAUAAUUAAUUCACAAAUCGCCUUUUACAGAUCUGUCUCAAGGUGAUUUGCAAACAUAUAAAAACCGCAAGCAUAUGUUUAAAAACAAUACAAAGAACAACUGCAAAUAGGGUUUGAAAUGCAUAACAUAAGACAGAGCCCUUUUCAUUUGGCUGGAAAAACUUGUCGAAAUGCAACUCCUCUGCCAAUUAUUGCAAUCAUUCAUUGCUUUUCAAUUGCUGCAUGGAAUGUGGCUGUGCAAGUAUCAUAAGCACUUAUGCACAGUGCCUGUGGCAUUGCUUGUGAAAAGCAAACACAGCCUUCUUCCUGUUCCCAUGCCACUUUUACUUAAUUGUUAAAAAUGUUCUUGCUGCUUGUAGGUCCUCCAUUGUGCUAUUUCGUAAUUAUGCAGCUCUCUGAUACUUGUGUUUUAAGGGUGCUUCCAGACUGGGUGUGUGUUGUAUGUUUGGUGUUCCUCAGUUUAUUUGCUUCUAAAGAAGGCUAACAGCAGCUUGGUUUUCCCCACAGCUAGGCUAUACCCCGUCCUGCAGAGAUUCAAAUCCCUGCUGAUAAGGAAAUGCAGUAUCACAUGAAGGCUGCAAUCCCAAUCCCACUUUCUUGAGAGGAAGUUGGGAGAGGGGAAGAAAGAGAUUUUGUUGUGAGAGAAGGGUAUUAUUUUCUUGGCUCUUAAAAUUUCAUGGAUCGAGGUUAAUAUUACCCGUGGCUUCUUCAGGACAGUGCACUACACGAUUCCUGGCCCAUCCUUAAGUCUGCUCUGCAGUGCACAAGAAGACAGAUGAACAUGUUCAGCCGCCACCUCCUUUUGUACUAUUGGACUACCAUACACCUUUCCAUCUUGCUAGCAGUCUUGACAGCUGCUGAAGAUGUCACGAACAGCACUUUAAACCACACUCAUAUGCUCUUAGGAUCUUUGCCUGUGGUCGUCUCCAGAGUUGAUCACAUUAUAGUCAAAGAAGGUUACAGUGCCUUGAUCGACUGCAACGUUCAAGGUAAUCCGGGGCCCGAGUACAAGUGGUACAACUCCAAUGGCCGUUUGCUGAAGGAAGAUGGGAAUACAGCAGGGAAAUGGAUUUUUGACAAUGGGCAACUGAACAUUACUAGUGUGUCUUUUGAGGAUCGAGGAAAAUACAUGUGCGUCGCUUCUAACAUCUAUGGCCAAGCAAAUAACACAGUGACUCUGAGGGUUGUCUUUACCUCUGGAGAUAUGGGGGUCUACUACAUGAUUGUGUGUCUUGUAGCAUUUACCAUUGUCUUGAUCUUAAACAUCACUCGGCUGUGCAUGAUGAGCAGCCACCUAAAGAAGACCGAGAAAGCGAUCAAUGAUUUCUUUCGGACGGAAGGGGCAGAAAAGCUGCAGAAGGCUUUUGAGAUUGCGAAGCGCAUCCCAAUCAUCACAUCGGCAAAGACCCUUGAACUUGCCAAAGUCACGCAGUUCAAGACCAUGGAGUUUGCCCGCUACAUUGAAGAGCUGGCUAGGAGUGUCCCACUGCCCCCUCUCAUCAUGAACUGCAAGACUAUCAUGGGAGAAAUCAGGGAGGUGGUGGGGCUAGAAGAGCAGGGCCAGAACUCUGUCAGGCAGUCAGCUGUAGGAGAAGAGACUGCUGAGACGGAAGAGAUGUACAUGAUUCCCAACUCCCUAAAGCGUAGCAACUCUUUCACCGCUGACUCAGAUGCUUCCUCUCUGCACGAACCACCGCUGAAGAUUGCGAUAAAAGUGUCGGUCCACCCGUUGGCUAAAAAGGACUGGGUGGAUGACCAGUCACACGGCAGUAUACAAUUGGAAAUUAAAAAGGAGAAGGAAGAGGAAGAAAUUGUCGAAGCGCCAGAAGAACCUCCUGAGCCGGUCUCAGAGCCUCCCAGUGAACCGAACCCUCCUGAGGCAACUCUGGGAAGCAACAUGGACACAUGCACUGUUUACGAAAGCCAUGUAUGACACAAUCUUCAAAUCUAUGCAUAGCAAGAAUAUUAGGUGGAGCACUCUUUAAAAACAAAAACAAAAAAGGAUAAUGUUUUUGCCAAUAAGCCUUACCUACAUAUCAUAGCAAAAGCCUGCAUGUAUGGAUUACUGGGCCCUUUCUUCCUGAGGGUCGAACCAGACAUUACGGCUGAAUACACGCCAUACAUUUAAAGCACAUCUCCCCUGCCCCCUCCAAAAAAGAAAGCUGGGAAGUGAAAUUUACCCCUCGUGGCUACAAUUCCCCACACCCUAAACAAACUACAGUUCUCUGGAUUCUUGGAGGGGGUUAUUUUAAAUGUAUGGUAUGUACCCACUUAGCAUGACUAGCAAUCACACCUGGUUGUGUUUUGGUUUUUAAAUUUAAAUACCACACAUGGGAUUCUCCACUUUUCGACUUGGGUUGGGAGUCUGGGAGUUUGUGGAACCCGGGAGAUUUAACCUUUUCUCUCCAGCCACAACCCCAAUGAACCUCUUCCCUACACUCUGCAUGUGCAGCAUUUAGCAGCAAAAGUUUCCAUUGCUGGAAAAAAUCUGGUCCCACCACACGUCUGAUGCGGAAAGAGGAAACCUUGAUGUAGCUGCUAAUUGUGCUAUGAAAGUCUGGCUCGGCCCUUAGUUUAGUCAGGAGGUUUCUGAAGGAAUAAUUGCUAUUACACUAAUAUGAAUUGCAUUUUAAUGUUCAGGAGAUUUUUUUUAAAAAAAAAUCACAAAAUAUUUACCUCAGAAUUGUUUAGGUCAGCGUUGCUUGUGAUGGGUACUUGGAAUCCAUGUAUAGUGCUUGGAAACAGGACUUAUAAGUCUGGGUCCCCAAAGACCCUUGACUUCGGAGCAGGGCUCCUGAAGUCAAUGGAACUAUUGUUUCGUUCUACUAUUGAAAUGUUUCUCAGUUUAUGAAACACAGCAAAGAGGUUCUUUCCCCCCCCCCCCCGCCUGUCUUGCCUCUUUCUUCUCUGUGACUUGCUCCCUUACGUGUCUCUUGUGACUUUGCUCCCAUGAUUCUGUAAUGCUGUUUAAGAGGGAGCAUUUCCCUAGCCAAAUGAAAAUCUGUGUGGGAUGCCAUUUACUAGCGCUUUGUAGCAAGCAAGAAGAAGGUCAGAUGAAUUUAUUUCAUUUGAAAGCAGGCAAUUUGUAUUUAGAGCAUGUGGAGUGGGGGAGGGUGGAGCGGGGGAAAUGUCCUCCUUCUUUUGCUCCUUUGGAAGAAAGAGCCCAACAAAUGUUGCUCCAUGGGGAGGAUACACUAAGCCACUUGUUUCCGUUGGAAGAGGGCUAUUUGUCUCCAGCUAGAAAGCUUUAUACAAACAAUGAGUGCAGUCUGGAGCACAGUUGCCCACUUCCCCAGCUAUGAUGGCCACAUGCAAAGGAGAACUUGGCCCCUUGUGUAAGAGAGGACGUUCUACAGGUGAUGUUUGUCAUGAAGGGACUAGACGCAGCGGUUCUCAACCUGUGGGUCCCCAGAUGUUGUUGGGCUACAACUCCCAUCAUCCCUGAGCUCUGGCCUUGCUAGCUAGGGGUGAUGGGAGUUGUAGUCCAACAACAUCAGGUUGUGGGAGGCUGCCCUAACCUAUGCACAAUACUGUUGAAUUGUAAUGAAAUGUGAAUGCAGGUCACUGUGUAACAUGGGAACAGCACUUGCGAAUCUAUGAUUUGGAGGGGAAUUCAAUUAUUUGCUCAGAUGUUUGGAAAGAAGCCAUUAGACCUCUGUGAAGUCAAUGAAUGUAAAUCUACACUGGCAUUUAUGGGCAGCCUGGUAUUGGGCAAGUUUGAGCUGCAUAAAUUAUGUGAACGUAUUGAAGGAUGCAGGAUGCAACAAUCAUAGUGAUCUGGUUUAUAUCUGAUUAGUUAUAAUGUAGGCCCACAGGCGCCAAUCACUGUAGCACAGAUGGUCAUCUUAGCUUAGCUCCAGCAGAUUCUACUUCCAAAACGUCACCAAGAAGCAUAUAGUUUUCCUACAAGAUCAACUCUUGCAUAGCCAGAGAGUCAUUAUGUAUAUACUUUAAUAGACAGCCUAUGCUAAGGAAAAGAUAGCAGUACAUUAAAUGUUCACAUGAAAUGUCUUCUGAUCUCACUGAGGCUCCUUUUAGGAAUCUCAGAAGAGACCUACUGGAUCCAACACUACUGGAUCAGAUGCAAAGGCGACAAGUCUGUGUGGAUGAGUGUACUUGCUCCACCUCCCGUUGUUCUGGUCACUCUCCGUGAGAUGAGUGGAGACUGCCCUCUUGUACUUGUGAAUUCUCCCUACACAUUUUAGAACACUGAGGGAUUCUUAAAUCUGCAAGGAGCCUCCACAAUUACAGGGCAGCCGACUCUCAACUUGUGGAGGAUGCCAAGAAUGGCAAUGUGGGUGUGCCAGCACACACACACACCCCUCGUGUAUUUAUUUAGUAUGCCAUGCAAAUGUCUUAGAUGGGGCUUUUGUUAAAAAGGAUUUCUUAAGCUGCCACAAGUUGCAUGUACAGUCUUAGCACUUAGAUGCCUAUUUGAUUGCUGUCACUACUCAGGAAUUUAUAGAUCUAAGCAGAGCCUUUGCCCCAAGAAAAAGCUCGGAUGAGUUAGAAAGAGAAGUAAAUUAACUCAAACGUUCUCCUUUCCCUCUCUGCUUUCAGCUUUUCUUCCUUCCAUUCAUUCACUUAGAACACCUUCCUUGUGUGCAGCUAUUCACAAGACCUAUACAUUAGACUAUAGCUACUUAACCUGGAGUCACCAUAUUUAAAUCCAUGUGACUUUUCCAUAGCACAUGGUCCAAGAAUUAAGCUUGUCCAAAGAUUAAGCCCUGUCUUUCAUCUAUUUACAUGUCUGUUAAGUUCGGAUGUGGAUAUACUGAGUGCUGGGCUGCAGACUUCCCAUUUUACUUUGUGGAAUUUCCUAGCUUCUAUAUCCCUUCAAGAUGAUGUUAUUUGGGGAGGGGGGAAUUUGGGGGAGGGGUUCCAUAAAUUAGCAUUUUAGCUUUGGAAUAGUUGUGCAUCAGUAACAGACUACAGGCCUAUACACACUUAGCAUGAGAGUAAAUCCCUUUGUACUCAGUGGAACCUCUGAGUAGGCAUGUGUAGGAUUGCACUGUUAAAUGCAGUAUACUGUAACAGCAAAAUGAAAUUUCAAAAGGAGCGUAGAUGCUGCUUAUUGCCUAUUAUUUUUAAGGCAAUCCUUUUCUUAACAGUCUUACUGUGUUCAGUAUUUGAUAUGCACAGGCAAUGAGUCAUGCAAACCUCAGACUAGAUAAAGUUCCUGCCCUGGAGAGCUUGCAACUGAAAACCAAGGUUAAUACAUGAACAGGAGCAAAUGGCACAUGCAGCUUAUAUUUAUUUUGUGCAGCACUAUAUAAACUAAAUGGCAGCAGGUUAAGACAACAAAGGGUCUCCUAGCAUUUUAAAGAUUUAACCAAUUUAAUCUUUUGUGCACAAGAAUUUACUUCAGCCAAUUUGAACCUGUUUCCCUCCAGAAGGUUUGAACUGCAAACUCCCCUCAGCCCCAGACAGCACCUGGAACAGGAACAGGGUUCAUGGGAGUUGUUCUCCAAAACAUCUGGAAAGCACAACGUUGUGGGAGGCUGCUCUACAUCAAGUGCAUGGCGUUAUCCUCAGUUGUAAGAUGUAUGUAUUCAGGGGGUGGGAACUAAAAAAUGGCAUUAAAUAGCAAUGACGUGCACAAAAGUACCACCUGUAACAGUUAAAUUAAAGCUUUAAAAUGUAUGCAAAAUAACCAUAGUGAUCAUCAGGCUGAACCAAGCAGCUUGGUUCUUUGACAGUGUCUUGGCAAAGCAAAAACAGAAAGGAACACUUCUCACCAUAUGUGCUGUUCUUUCCUGCGUUUCCAUGUGUCAUUGUCGGCUCUUAGCAGGGCUCUGGAAUGUGGUCUUAGGCUAAAACAGGGGUCUGCAACCUUUAAGACAAAAAGAGCCACUUGGACCCGUUUCCGAAGG